AUGAAGUUGUUUAGGUUAGAUUUAUUUUCAUCUGAAUUCCAUUUCAACAUAAGUGGAUAAUAGAUGAGAAAAGGAACAAUUUAUGGUUUAAUAUCUUCGAUGAUAAUUAUUUCUUUUACAAUUUACUACUUAACUUAUUAACUCAUUCUGUAUUUUGGCAACAAUAUAAAUCCGAAUUACAGAUCUCAAAACUUUAUAUCUAAUGAAAUUAUAUAAAUAGAUUUAAACUAGGAUUUAAUUGGAUUCAGAUUUGAAUAUGAUGUGAACAAAAACAUAGAUAUUUUACAAAAAAAAAAUAAUUAGACAUAUUUAGUUUUUUUAGCUACCUUUUUUUAUCAAAACAAUGAUUCUUAAGAGGUGAUUUAAAUUGAUAUUAUUUAGUGCACAAAUUCCAAUUUAGCAGGAUACUACUGCUUAGAUUUUUCAAAACUAUCAAACUACACUCUUGCUCUGAGUACAAAAGAUAAUAUUCUCUCUAAUAUCAGUAUAUAAGUCUAUAGCUGCUCUGAUAUUGAUGUUUUAAAAACUUUUACUCCAGACAAUUGCGCAAGCCAAUCAGAUAUUAUUAAUAUAAUUAAUGGAUUAAAUGCAGGCUUAAAAAUUAAAUUUUUAACUUCGUAGUAUAAUACUACUUCUUAACAAAUGUAAGUUAACUACAGAACAACAUUUACAUAUCUGAUAGGUAAUUAAUACAUUUUAAGUACAUACAAAUCAUAAAAAUAAGUGACUUAGGUCAGCUAAGGCCUUUUUUUUCAGUCUGAAGUAGAGUUUUCUUCUCCAAUAUAAUAUGAAAAUUUAAAUCAAAGCUUUGAUAGAGAAUAUUCUAUAUAAUAUUUGAACUUCUACCCUUAUAUUUCAGUAGGUAUUCAAAUGGAUGAAAUUGUUCAGCAAAUAUAAAUUUAGUAUCCUAUGAUUACAUAAAUUUUGGCCUAAGUUAACAGUGUUUUCACUCUCUUAUUACUAGCAGGGAUUUUAAUUAAGAGAUUUUCUCAACACUCUAUAAAGAAAGACUUUUUUGUUCUCUUUUUGUCAAACUUCUACUAAGAUUCAUAUAUGGAUAUUUUAGAGUAAAAUAAUGUAAAUAAUAUAAAAUAAGACCGAUCAAAAUAAUAAAUCGUAGAUAAAAAAUAUUCUGCAGAUGAGUCAGAAAUCAAGGAAGAUAAAGAAAAGGAAGAUAUUUAUGACAAUAACUAAAGUUAAAUUCCUAGCUUUCUUUCAAAAAGCAAACUGUUUUUAGAUUAAAGCAAAUUUAGAUUUAAUAAAUAAAGCUAUUAACAUCAAGUACAGCGUGAUACAAAUAGUAUUGAAAAUGUAUCAUAAAAAGGUGAGGUUAAGGAAAAUUAAAUGUAAUUUCUUUAAUUCAAACAUGAGAACUAAUCAUUGAAUUGUAGUACUUUUAAUGACUCUCCUAAUCUAAAUUUUAAAGUAAAUGAAAAGGAGAAACAUAUUCCUAUUGUAAACUCAAUUUAAAAUAAAAGCUAAGUUUUUUAAAGAAAUAAUGAGACAAUGGAUCUUUCAAUGAAUUAAAAAUUGGGUAAAUCAAUCAAAGUCUAAAACCAAAUGUUAGAUGAAAGCUAUUUAGCUAUGGUUUCUUAGAAAAUUUAAGAUAAAGCAACAUUUAAAAGAGUUUAUUAACUGCUAUUUGGAUUUAGAGGAUUUUGCAAAAUAAAAGGAGAACAUUCUAAUUUAGCUUUAAGUACUAUGAAAAAAAAAAAGGUUUUUGACUCUGUGAAUAAAGAAAUAGAUAUCCUUAAACUAUAUAAAGAAAUAUUUUUGCUCAAAAAAGCUGUAAUGAUAUUGCUAGAUCAAGAAUAAUUAGCCACAAUACAACUGUUAGGCUGCUCAAAAGAUUAUCUAGACUUAGAUUUUGAUAAACAAAUAAAUAAUGAAUUAGAUGAUAGCUUAACUCAUUUUGAGAAAUAAUUUGCAAUUUCAUAAUCUGAGUAAUUGUAGAAUAAAUACAUCUAAGAAUUCUUUAAGAGAUGCACAAGUGCUCAAUAGUUAAGUAAAAUAGAUAGUCGCAUUUUAAAUUCUCUGCUAAAAAAAAAGUGA